GACUCAAAAGCUGUUUAUACAGUAUAAUUUACGGUCGUACAUCGUAUUUUACAAAUAUGACCAAACUACCCCUCUGGUUUGCUAAUAAAUAUCAAGCUCCAACAAUGCAAUUCUUCCCUUUUCCCCUUCUAAUUUCUCUCAUCUCUCUAUUAGAAAAAAUAUUAGCAAUUAUGUUGUCCACUGUACCGGCCUUCUCAUUCUCGGAACCGGGUUUGGUUAAUCAAUUCUCGGGUUUCCAAACCGGGUUCACUCCUUGGGAAUGGGGCUGCUCUGAUCUCUUUUCCGUGGACCAAAUGUUUCUUGAACCGGCCGUCCCGAGUCCUUGUGAUGGUGAAUCCGACACUGGUUCUGUCAAAAUUAAUUCCGGUUCUCAUGACAUGAAAACCGGUUCUGACGUUUCUUGUGCCGGUUUCGUCAAAACUAAUUCCAGUUUUGAUGACGCCAACAGAUCAAACGGUCUACCGUGCUCUCAAGCAGACGAACCGGAUUCGGACGACUCAAAACAAUUGACAGCCAUCUCAAAUUUCGGUUCGGGAGAGCAUAACCGUAACCGGAAAAAAUUGAUCCAACCGGAGAUGACCGACGAGCGGAAGAGGAAGAGGAUGGAAUCAAACCGGGAAUCAGCGAAACGGUCGAGGAUGCGUAAACAAAGUCACAUAGAUAACUUACGGGACCAAGUAAACCGGCUCGAUUUAGAAAACCGCGAGCUCGGGAACCGGCUCCAGUUAGUUUUGUACCAGCUUCAACGAGUGAAUUCCGACAAUAACAGGCUCGUGACAGAACAAGAGAUUCUCCGGUUGAGAUUGUCGGAGAUGCGUCGGAUUCUGAUCAUAAGACAGCUUCAACAACGGCAACAAUGGGAACUACAUAACCGGAGAAUGAUCAUGACUGAACAAAACCACCCCCAUCUUUAAUGAUCGAUCAAAUUAUUUAAGAAAAUAUAUAUAUAUAUAUAUAUAUCAAGAAACUUAGAACAAUACCCAAAAAAAAAAUCAAAGCAAAAAAAUCUCUCUCUGUGUCUCUCUAUCUCUCUAUGUAAAUGAAAUGAAAGGUUAGGAAGAGAAAAUGAUAGUUUUCUAAUUUUCCUUUCCACUUUCCCUUUUUCUAUCUGUGACUCUAAGAGAAGAAGAAAAACAAAAGAGAUUUUUAUUUUGGUUUUCUUUUUCCCACUGUCGUGUGAGUCGUGUAUGAUAAAUAACUAAAAAGAGUUUAAUAAAGUAAUACAAUGAUUUACAUUAUUACUUAGUGGAAAGGCUUUA